CGACUUUUUUUUUUUUUUUGUCCGUUUCCUCAGUAUCUGACUUCUGAUUCAUGUAUCAGUCUGCAGUGAUUUGGGAUUUAGCCUCGCUUGCUAGCUAGCCUGAGAGAUAAAGGUUAGCACCUAAGCUAAGUGUGUUGGACAGUUUGCCGUUUGAAGAAAAAGGUGCUGAAAAUGUCCAAAGUACAAAUGUUGAGAACGUUGGUGAAGCAGCGACUGAAUGCGGCUGCUGAAGAGAUAUUUGGCCUUUACGAAAGAACCAUAGCAGAGUAUGAGGAGGAACUUUGUCGUUCAAAAGAGGAGAACGACCGACAGCGGAAACUGCUGGAGACCGUUUUCAAACCUGAAGCCCACAAACAAUCAGCAGCUGUGCACCAAAUGUUGAUGUGUAAAGAAGAAACUUCCCCUCAGCAGCAGGAGUGGAGCACCAGUCUGGACCAAGAGGAGCCAGAUCCACCUCACAUUAAGCAGGAAGAGGAUGGACUGCCCACUCAUCAUGAAGAAAAAACACUUCAGAGGCCGCUGGAGGUUCAUAGCACUAAUGUCCCCGUAAUUGUUGUGCACAUAAAUAGUAAAAAUUAUGAAAAUCAACCUCAGUCCUCACAUGAUCAUCAAAACCAAGUUGAUGACGAGCGAUGGCAAUUGCCAGCAUGCAGCAGCUCCAAUGAACUGAUAAAAGGAAGAGAAGCUGAAGAGGACCUUAGAGAAUCAGAACCAGACUGUAAUUUAGAUCCGGAUGGUCAUUUGCAACCAGAUACUGAAAACAAGAUUUCCAUUUCUUCUAAAACUGAGACCGACAAUAGUGAUGGCAAUUGGAAGGAGGCCAUGGGCCAGAACCUAUGUUUCACAUCUCUGAAAAAUCUUGAAAUUCCUUUAAGUGACGUGAUGUAUAAUGCUGAAGAGAAACAUUUUAGCUGCCUGGACUGCGGUAAAACAUUUGACCGCAAGGACAGUCUGACGAGACACAUGAGAAGUCACACAGGAGAGAAACCAUACAGCUGUUUGGUUUGUGGCGAGAGAUACACUCAGUGGUCACACUUAAAUUACCAUGUUAGAGUUCACACCGGAGAAAAGCCUUUCAGGUGUUCAGUCUGUGAGAAAGCUUUUCAAGUCGUCAGUGCUUACAGACGCACAUGA